AUGCCCGGUCGACUCCGAGUUCAACGGCCCUCUCCGACAACCGUUAGCUUCACGGUAUCAAAUGCGCCGCGCCGCUCUAAUUCCCCCGCGAAGAUACUUUUUGGUUUCCAGAUCCUGCUACGGGCAGUUCUGUUCUGCUGCGUGAUCAUCGUCGCCCUUGCACGUUUACGACAUUUCUCGUUUCAAGCGGACGGGGGGAUUAUAUCUUGGCCAGCCAUGUGGGCGAGCCCCCUUGGGUCUCGUGUCUGUCAGCUAGUGGACAAAUACAACCCGUGGGCGGUGGCAGCGAUAAGCAUUAUAGUGAUCUACGGGGUUUUUAGAAGAGAGUAUACUGAGGAAUCGCUUCUGGUCAUACGGGGUUUCGGUAUCCAGACUUCUACCUCAUCCUCAACCUAUCUGUCGUCGGCCGCAACAAGGUUCAUCCCCACAACUCAGAUUCAAGACAUCGUUAUCCAUGAAGCCUUCAAGGGCUUCGAAGUCCGGUUUUAUCUGGCUGUAAUUGUGGAGGGUGAGCCGGAUGUCUUGGUGGUCUUUCCGAAAUACUUGAAGAAGUCUGGAGAGGCUCUCGACGUUGUCUCUAUGAUGCAAAAUCUUGAUUCACAGAAGCAGAACAUUCUAUACGAUUUAAUGCUAUGA